AUGGACUCAAAGGCUGACUCAAACAUCACCAAAAGUCAUCAAAGUGAGAAUGCAACAUAUCUGCUGGAAGGAUGUCCAUUCCCAGAGAACCAAACUGGUUGCAGCAAUCAUAUUGAAUCAGACGACCAAUCAGAAAUGAAUGAAACGUCGUCGAACAUUGAGCAAGAUUAUGAAGUAACUAUUGAAGACGUUCACGAUAAUGAAGAAAGUGAUCGAGAUGAUCUGGCUGGUGGAAUCGAUUUUGAACCUGAUGACCAAGGUGAUGGAAUGAAUCCAAUAUCUGGGUUUCAAGGUGAAUUGAAUGAUAUAGACGAUGGUCCAAAUGUGCCCAAUAUGAAUGAAAAUGAAAUGUAUGACGAAAUAAAUAAACUGUUACCAGAAGUUAUAGCUAACUUAGCGAGAGAAGGGGUUUUGACAUCAGUUUACAAGUUCAUAAAACUGGUAGCAGAUGGAGAAUUUCCCAUUGAAAAUAUGGCGUUUCUGUGCUUCCUGGAUGUUGUCGAAUGGUAUAGUCACGAUAGUACAACACGGAUGCGAUACAAAUAUCCAUCAACUACCAAAUUCUGGAGAAUCGGUUGGCGAUUAUUUAAAGGAAAGUAUAUGCGAUUCAUGGCUGGUACAAAAAAUAAGGGAACUGGGAGUCUUGAUCCAAAGAGCAGUAAAAUUAAUUUUGCCGUUCCAAACAGAGAUGUCUUAAAAGAUACAGAAAUGGAACCAAUGACACCUGGGAUUAUGGAUAACAUGAUAAAAGUGAUGGCUCAACUUGAUACUGGACUAACGUACAAAUGCGUUAUUGACGGCAAGAAAAUUGCAAGAGGAAAGGGAAGGCAAAUGGGCGAUAUUGAUUUGUGGGGGUUCGAAUCACCACCAACCUUAGCUGAACGGGUUGCAGCAAGAGAAUUCCUCGAUGAACGCAUUCAGAUGUUGAUGAAUAAGACCGAAAAUUUACUUAUCAAAGGUAAGAAAAGUACAGACCAUUUACUUGACGAAGAGUCGAAAGAACUAUUGGAUCAUCUCAAAAUAGUAUCUAGUGAAUUGAACUUAAGACUUAAGGACCUUCGGCAAGCCAAGGUGGCAAUUGAAAGAUCUUUAAAAAGAUUGAAGGAUAACUCCGGACCCGAUUGGAGAAAAUCGAAAUACGUAUUUGUUAUCAGUUCUCUAGAAACAAGCAAAUACACUAUCAACAACGUGAUAAAUCAAAUCGUACAACGCAAUGACAAAUUGUAUGAGACAAUGAGUAUAUUGAACAAAAAUGGUAUAACAUUCAGUACAUCAGACUAUGUGAACAUGAAUGAGCAGCAAAACUACCACGAACUGCGUGAAGACUGUUACUUGGUGAUACCCGAUAAUGAGUAUACUGACCACGUACUAGUUAAACAGAGGAGUGAUAGAUGGUUCAACAUUCGCAAAGAAGCAAAGGUGACUGGCAGCACUAUGCACAACGCUAUCGGUUUAGACACGCUGAAAAAACAGAGAGCGCACUACGACAAGGUCAUACAUGGAAAAGAAGAGGACAAGCAGAUAAAUGAACAAACACGAAGAAAUAUGGAAUAUGGCACAAAAAAUGAAAUAAACGCUGUUGCAACAUUAACCAGUAAAAUACUACCAGUACUAUUGCCAGAUCUAUCAUAUGCCGAGGAAGGAUGUUACAAGAUCACAAUGAACAAUGAAACCUUUCUAGUUGUGAGUCCAGAUGGGAAACUCUUUGAAAAUCCGAGUGAUGUGACGGCAAUUGAAGAGAGUAAAACUAAGGUAUCGAUAGAAAUCAAGUGCAAACCACAAAAGGAACUUAUGGAACCUGUAGCGUAUACUGUUUAUGACUGUUAUAUACCCCAAUGUCUCGCGGAGAUGAAUGCACAAGAAUCAGACCGACUACUCUUUAUUUGUUACAGUGAGGAAACGACCACAUGUUUCAUGAUGAAGUACAGUGAUUCCCUAUGGGACCUUAUGAAAAACGAAUGCGUUGCAAUAUAUGGCGGUAACCAGACGAGUAGACCAUCGAAGAAGACUGACUCAUCGAAGAAGAUCAAAGAAGAAAUCAAAAUAUUCAAAGAAAACAACGUAGAAUACAUGGGUGAGUUUAAAUCCGUGAAGGCGUAUGACGACCACGAUCAUGGCUCUGAAUCAGAUUCAACAUGUCCAUACAAGAAAAAACGCAAAAGUUAUGUACCAAAGAAAAGUACUACAACCCUCGAAGAGCUCAAAACAAACCUACAUGAUGUCAUGUCGAUGGUGAAUGAAAUAUAUGAAGCGACCAGACAAACUGCAACCGAGUUGCUUGCUUUUCUACUGUGCGACAUGGAUCGCAUUACAUCAUCAGAACAAACAAAUUCAACCCUAGUAGCAUAUGCAAUGAAAGGUAGCAGCAUGCGCACAAACGUUAUGAGAGACAUGGUCGAUUCUGUCUUUUAUAAAUGCCAAAAACAGGGGCUGUAUAUGCCUAUCGUAACAUAUGAUGGUCAAUGGCUCCCCCUUGCCAUUAGAACUAGAGAUGGGCGGCCACUGACGUUGAUGCAAAUGCAAAAAGACCACUACUCCAAAGUCAGAAAACUAAAGGCGAAUGACAUAAUCAAGAACGCAUUUAAGAAUGAAACUUACAUAGCAAAGCAUUUGGAAUGUAAAACAUAUUUCAUGGAGGCAAUAUCCAUAAACUCAUAUGUGGAUGACAACUACAAAUCAAAGCAGACAACCAUUUCAUUGCAUCACAUGAAUCAAAUAAUUCAAUGGAAAAAACAAAAAGGAACAAGUAAUAUUAACAAAGAACCAAGUGUGGUCGAAAAUUCUGAAUCAGGAGAAGACACAAAUGUCGAUGAUAUAGAUAUACUGGAACACAUACCAGAUGCUGUCUUACAAAAACUCGACGAUGAUGUAAAAAAUCAAGUUAUAAAUCUUUUAAAGGGAAAAAAUGCAGCAUGUUCAACACAAAUAGAGCUUUCUGAUGUUCUCGAACCUGAUGAAUCAUUGGCGGAAGCUGUUGCCCAAAUAGAAGCGUCAACAGUAUUUGAAGACAAAGUACAUGGGGAGAGUAAUGGCGAAGCAAGGCCUACAAUUACACUCGAUGAUUGUGAUUACUACGAAAUGAUAAAAUCAUUGCAACACGAAGAUAAGACAAAUAAAAAAUGGAUUUCAGAAAACAAAGAAAGUCUUCAAUCAAAAAUGGAAACUGCUACCGACAUCAAUAAACAAUUCACACUUGGUGAACUGAAAUCUUGCUUCAAAGCCAUUAAAUGUGUAUUAGAGAAAGGGAAUGUAGAACACAGGAUUGGGUGUUACAGAUACAAGUGGCAACUUGUCAAUUUGUUCUCUUCCAUUUGUGGAAAUGGAACAACACUCCAGACGCCUUCAUCUAAGCGUGGUCGUAUUCAUCAACCGAAAUCGUUAAAAACUCAGUGUAUAGAAUUUUUUAAAUCAGUUCCGAAGUCGAUAUUGUGCAAUAUAUAUGCGGAAAAUACAUGGCCACAAAUUGAGCACGAAUGGAGAAGUGGAUUUGUGAUAAAUGAUGACGUAAAAAUCACCAAUGGAUUAGACAUUGGGCGGUGGUAUUCGCAACCUGAUAUGGCACCUGACGAUAGUCAUCCAAUGUUCCAUUUAUGGGACUUUAGCCAUCUACUUGUUAACUUGAGAUCUAAGAUAUGCCUUACUGGUUUACCAGAGUCCGGUAUAAACAGGACUGCUUGGAUCGAAGCCUCACGGAGUAAAGCAACUAAAUUAAAUAGAGCUACAGUUGAGGACUGUUUCGAGAAACAAGAUGUUGGGUUCGCCAAAUCAAUGUUCGAGACAGAUGUGGAAGAUUUCUUACUCGAGAGAGGCUUUAUUGCAGAGGCAGAGUUUUGCAAUAUAGUGAGGGGAUGGUAUCACGCCGAAGAUGAGCCAGGAAUCCCAGCGAUAAAAAGAGUGGAAAGCCGACUGAAGCUGCGGAAUUGGCUGUUAGGGUUAUGGGAUAGUACAGUAUUCCCUCCUCCUGGCUCACACGUCAAAUCGUUUCCUAUACAGAUGUACGAAGGUUUUCUCACAUCCAUAGAACGGAAGAUACAAAUGUUUCCCUUUAUAUCUCGAGGAAGUUACAACUCGAGAGCUUCAGGGAGUUUGGAAGUGGAACAAUUUUUCCAAACAUUUGGUGAUCUUGACCCAACUGGAAAGGGAAUCCUAAAACCAGACGUUAUUCCUAGAGCACUUGCAACGUCUUGUGAGAUAGAGAUGGAUAGAGUUGACCCUGCAAGGACAUUCUGUAUGAAAACGUCAGCCCGGUCUGUCUACCCUACCCAUCCCCUGUUUGACAGAGAUAAGAAUUUGAGUGAUGACACAAUUCCUGCAGGGUGGACGCCACCAGCACAUGUGGAGACUAUAGAUAUAAGGGACCAUUUCUUUGAUAGUCCAACAAGAUUGGGAAAAAACAUUCGUAAGAGGAAACGUGGGAUCGUCUCAAAGCCAGAUGCUCCAGCAAGAAGGAGUAAUCCAAUUAGACGCGAUUUCUACCGUGGAGAUCAAAGUAAACUUACAGCAGACAAGCGUGCUGGAAUUUUGCUUUGAAAAGCGAAUGUGAUUUUUGAUAAACGUACAUUAUCAACACGUAUAACAUCUUAAAAUGAAUUUGAUCAUUUACUGAAAGAAAAUAUCAUAAACCCUGAAACUAAUACUAACGGUAUAAAAAUACGAAUAAGACAUCCAAAAACUCCCAAAUCCAAGGAAGAAUUUGAAAAGCAAUAAGUGAGCUCGCAAAGUCGUAACAUUGCAUAAUCAUUAGGCGUACAUUUUAUUUAUUACAGAACACUGGAUUAUUGGAACACCAGAUGAACAUUAUAUGUGUUGCAAAAGUAUCACACCAAACAAGUUCUUAGCCGUUCUUGCCAGUCUUACGAAAACGUCGUAAAACGGGCUCAACAUGGCUCUGGUCGGGAAAUAUGUCUAAAAUAAUUAGCUAC